GAAACGUUGAGGGUUCAAGAAAAAGCCACUUUCUGGAGGGGUUUUUGUGUACGGAAUCUGUCUACGUUUGGGCACAAACGGCUGAGGCGGCAUGCACGCCUCCAGAGAGCGGCAAGCGCAACUUUUGCUUGACAUUCCUCCCGUUUUCGUCCCUGACUUUUCGCGCUUCCUGUUCCUCGAAACGCUUUCGUGCAGCUCUUUCGGGGAUACUUUUUGUUUUUUCGCCAGGUGCCUCUCUUUCGUCGUCGAUUCCUUCCCUUCCCUCGAAAAGAGCCGAGAGACCCAGGUGACCUUCAGGUUCAAGACUUUCAUCGGAAGACGAGAAAGCUUCUCUCUCUGAGUUUUUUUUCUCGUACACCUGAGGCCGGUUCUCGCUGCUUUCUCUGCAUGCACGCGGGUUUGCUGCCUCUGCAAAAAGUUCUGUUUCCUCUGCGUUCCAUCGGUCUCUCCACGUCCUCCCUUUUCUCCCUGCACUUCCUCCACCGCCGAUCCGAGGUGUGUGACCUCUCUUAAUCCGCCAGGACUUCCGAUUUCUUUUCUUGGUCCUACCUCUUUUUUCUGUAGUUCACUUCUCCUCUUCUCCUUUCUUCUUGUUCUGUCUGCUUCUCCAGAUUCUUCGGAGUAGCUCUGUUCGAGGUCCUGUUCCUAUCUCUUCCUGGAUGUCCUUCCUAGAAUCUGUUUUCCUUGUGGUCUUCUUCGUAUCUCUUGCUUGUGUUUCUCGCUUCUACGUCUUCUUCUUCCCGCGAAAGUAGUAGGAUCUCUGUACUUGCUCGACAUUUCGACGGUAAAAACGGAGAACGGUUCUCUCGACGGAGGGCAGACGGCUUUUCCGCCGCGUCAAAGGUGGAGCGCUGUUUCAUCAGAAGACGAGAAAGGACUUUCUUUCCAAAAACACUGACGACACCCGACUUCAGCGAGACUUCCAUCGGCUUAAACGAAGAAGCCUGAGGGACUUUGACGAUUUGGGAUUUACCCGCGGAGAAGACGCGUCGUAUUUUCGGGCGUUCUCCGAAUAUAGGCCGCCGCGAAUCGCCUUCGUUCCGAGAAGAGAAAAUGGAGGACCUGGAACUGGAAGGUAGCUUGAAGGAGCUUUUCGAAACUCCCUCGCUGCGGUGGAUUUUUGUGGGUGGAAAGGGUGGCGUCGGGAAGACUACAACGAGCUGUGCCGUCGCCGCUCAGCUGGCCAAGACGCGAGAAUCUGUUUUGAUCAUUUCAACGGACCCUGCGCACAACAUCAGCGACGCGUUCACACAGAAAUUCUCCAAUACACCGACUCUGGUCAAUGGCUUUGACAAUUUGUACGCCAUGGAGAUCGACAGCCGUUAUCAGGAGACUUUUGAUUUUAAGAUGAGCAAUUUGCCUUCUGCCGAGGCGGCCUCGUUCAGCUUGACCUCGCUGCUGCCUGAGAUGCUCCAGGCUGUUCCUGGCAUCGACGAGGCUCUCUCCUUCGCAGAGUUGAUGCAAAAUGUACAGAGCAUGAAGUACAGUGUGAUCGUGUUCGACACAGCGCCCACGGGUCAUACGUUGCGGCUGCUCGCUUUUCCGGAUUUACUCGAGAGAGGUCUCAAGAAACUGUCGACUUUCAAAGACAAAAUUCAGUCUGCUCUGCAGAUGUUGAAUGCUGUCUCCGGCCAACAAAUUCAGGAACAAGAUUUUGCGGCGAAGAUUGAGAAUCUGAAGGCCGUCACGACCUCUGUGCGUGAAGCCUUUCAAGAUCCGGCUCACACGACUUUCGUCUGCGUCUGCAUUCCGGAGUUUCUGAGCGUAUACGAGACAGAGCGCCUCGUCCAGGAACUGGCGAAGCAGAAGAUCGACUGCAGCAACAUUGUGGUGAAUCAAGUACUCUUUCCAGUUGGAGGCGUCCAAGAUGAAGGCUGUCGGCCUCCCGCCUCGCUGCUCGCCUCAGCGGACGCCGAGACGCCAGCGCCUCUGGAGGAGCUCCUGGCGCCUCCCGCUGCUCGCGGAGAAAAGGAAACUGCACAAGAGGAGAACGCGCGACUGAGGCAGCUCAUUCGCCGCAUGCAGAUUCGCCUGCUGGCUCUGGAGAAGUCGUAUCACUCAAGAAGGGCGAUGCAGUCGAGAUAUCUUCAACAAAUCCAGGAUUUGUACAGCUUUGAUUUCCAUGUCGUGCCCAUUCCGCAGCAGCCGGAAGAGGUACGAGGAAUCGAGCGUCUUCUGCGCUUCGGCGACCUUCUUUCCAGCUGCCGUCCUCUUCCGAUUCUUCCUCCGGCGCCUUCCAGUCCUUAGCUCGUGUUUCGCAUCGUCGCCAGUUCUUUUUUCUCUUGUUCCGCCCUCUGUCUUUGUUUCAAGCUGUCGUGUCGCUCCGCUGUCAGUUCCUCGCGGUGGUCCUCUGCUUGCCGUUUCGAAAGCCCUGUCGGGAUGUUUCUUCCAUGUCGCUCACCGUCUCUCGUCCGCGUUUCAACUCUCGUUCCCGCAGUGUCGCCAUUCCUCACUGUCGUUGCAAGAUUACGGACAGGACGAGGGUUUCACGACGUUUGUCCGUUUCUCUGUUUCGUCACACGCGAACCUCGACUUUCGAUUGUCUUCCAGAAUUCCUACUUUUGUGAUCCUCUUCCUGCACAGUCCCCCCUUCAGUGCAACGGCUGCAGCACAGGGUGCGAGAAAAAGACUUCUCAGAUGCGCGGGGAUGGUCAGUGUACGUUCGUGCUGGGAUGGCUUUCAGACGUUUCCUUCAGUCAAACAGCAUCUCUGUUUUCUUGGUUUCUACAGGAUCGCUGAGGUUCUUCUGUCUGUGUCACGGUUUCUUGAGAGGAGGCGCCAAAGUCACCUGUCGGAUGCACUGUGGGGUGGCAUUUCAACGUGGAACGGUACUUGUCUCUGUGUACCUCGAAUGCAGUCGAAACAAAAACCAAGGAACUUUGGACUUACACGAAAGACAGCAUGAAGCGGAACGCUGAAUAACGCUCGACAGAGGGGGAAACGAGCAGCUUUGACAGGGCCUUUCCCGCACGCAGCUGUCUUGAACAGUCCAGUAGUGGGUGGUGGUGUACACAGUCACAGAGAACUCGGUUAUCUGCACCUCACAAAGAGAGUCGUCUUCGAUAUUCCAGGUGCUCUUCCGUCAGUUUCUUCGACCUGAGAUAACGAGGAUUCCUCGGUUGCUGGUCACGGUGACAUUCAAAGCCAACAAAGAACCGUAGUUCUACAUGUGCCACGAAGAAGUCCCAGAAAAACGUCUUGAAAGAGACGGAGAACUGCACAGUGUCUUUCAGUUUUUCUGAUUGCUUUCCUCGGGGUGCAGAAGGUUAGCUUAGAAGCAGUU